GGUGUCACUUUGUUUUUAUUUAUUCGACUCGAGUAAAAUAAUCCAUUACGGCUCUGGUGAAUGAAAAAACAUCGCUAAGGUUAGCUAGGACAGCGACAAGAGAGGCUGAAAUCCAAUACUGUCGUAAAGCCCUAUUCGAGUACACUGCAUAGGGUUUGACGUAACCGCUUUUCUGCGCUGAUCUAGUGCGCUAGAGCUCGUGUAGGGAGGGAUUUGGAAUUGAACCGCUGCUCUGGCGAGAUAUUGACGCUCAUCCGGCCAAGAACGUGGGAUUUGUAGUUUAGCUACCAACACGGGCGUAGACAUUGUAAACGCAUAUCCGCCAUUUACGGACUACAACUCCCAGAGUAUAAUUUGAACGAAGGAUUAUAUGAGGCGUGUUGACGUCAUAAGCACGCGACAUUUGUUUUUGUUUUUCUUAUUUGACACCGAUUGUCAUUUUGUCUCGAUUUUAACCUUGUUUUCCCUGUUUUUGUGUAAAAGUUAAGUAGACGUGCAUGAUACCGCCAUUUUAAAACAAUCGACGCGGCGUUCCACAAGAGGAAAUUUUAAAAGUCGAGGUGUUAAAAAUGGAUGUUAACGUCAGAAUGCGGUUUUAUACAAUAACACAAGUUGGUUGGUGUGCAGACAAUGGAGUUAUCCAGGUCUACAUGGAAUGUUAAGAGACAUUUAAAUGAUAAAAACGUGCUGAUUUCUUCGUAAACGUCUGUUUUUCCCCGAGGUGACUGGUAUGUUGGAGAGUUGCAGAGUCAGCAGAUGUGUGUGAAGGAGUGCAUGUGCUGUAGUUGGCCUGUUCAUUCAUUGUACACACACCAGAGCGUUUAACAGACUGGAUAGAAUUUAUUAUUAUUUUUUUUAAAUCUUACCAGUAACUACAAGUCAUGCACCAGAAGGAGUCACUCAUUCUGCACUUCAUCUUCUUCAGCUAAACCUUUUCCGCAAGUUUGCAGGAUUUGCCCCAUGAGACAAGAUCACAUGUCUGAGAUUCUAUGCCACACUCCGUCUAUUUCCGAUUAGAUUCUGUGGAAUCUUUAAUUGACGUCCUUCCAUAUAUGUUUUAUCUCGGCCUCUUCUUUAUAAACGUCCUCAUCCUCUACUAUGCCUUUCUGAUGGAAUACAUAGUGCUUAAUGUGGGAAUCGUGUUCCUGCCCGAGGACAUGGACCAGGCACUGGUGGAUCUGGGUGUCCUCUCUGACCCGGCGUCCGUCCCAUAUGAGACAGACACAGAGUUUGAUGUGUUUGAGGGAUAUCUGGAAUAGCUAGUACAGAUAGAAAAUGGCUCGAGUUAUAUGCCAUAUAAGUCAGCUGUGUGGUAGGAAGAUGGCAUUGUGGGUAAUACAGCCAAGGACUGGAGCCAUGAUGAUGAUGAUGAUGAUAUUGAUGAUGAAGAUGGAUGGAAAUCAUGUUUAUGAUCGCUGUAGGUGUGAGAAAAUGGUGCCUUGGUCAUCACAUGGAAGAAAUCCGUGCAUAAAGAAAGAGCCUACUCUGCUCUGAUUGGUCAGAUGUCCCAGUCUGUUGUGAUUGGUCUACCGCUUACAGCCCGUGUUGGAAAGGAACCGCCCACUACCAUAUCUGAAUUUCAGCUCAGUAAUAAUGACGGUUUUACCUUAUCAGUUUGAGCCUGAGUCUGAUAAUGAUACUUCGGAAGAUCAACCCGAACCACCAUCGCAAGCACGACGAGAACAGGACGUUUCUCAGUGGUAAGUUUAUAUGUAGUUUGACAAUAACGUGAGUUAGCUGGUUAGCAGAGGCUAACAGCUGUGCAGUGGCUGUACACGUAUAUAACACAAAACUAUGUAUUGGGAACACUUGGUAGAAAAUAUAUACAUAAAUAAUUAAUCAUACUUACAGGUUGUGAUCCAGAGGCGCAAGAUGGUUCAAAUAAAGUGGGUACGGCCGAAUCUUUAACGAAUAAUCGUUUCGCAAAUCCCGCGUUGACUUCGAAGUUGAACUGCUUUGGUAUCGUUUUAAAAAUGAAUUCUAACCACUGACACUUUACAUCCUCAUCCUUUGGGAGUCCAUGCAAAGUGGUUUUGCUUUUGCAGCAUGAACCUAAAUCUUUCAGGACGCAACCUCAACUGUAGUGUUUGAGGGUGGGUCAAAGUACACGUUGUUCGCGAGCAGCCGAUGAAGACCAGAGGCGGGUUUUUGUUACAAACCUACGUAGGUUUGUGCAGGAAGUAAGUCUGGAAUUACUGACGACUCGUUUCAGCUGUUCAGAAUCGCUUCCUUCUUUUGGGAGUCAAUAACUCCGUUUGUCAUGCGCUUUUGAUUUGUGAAACUAAGCAGGCUUUUUACAUUCACAAACAGCUCUAUAACACACUACAUGAAAGGAAAUAUCUGAAAAAGCAUAAUAGGUGCACUUAAUAUAAACCUGUGCUACUGUCAGAGCUGCUGUUACAGAAAAGUAAUCAACACGUUCCAGAAUCCCACAGCGCUGUGGUGUAAGUUAGAGAUGAGGAUUAAGGUGAUUGUUUUGCGUAUCAGUGGUUGAGUGUGUCGUGUCU